AUGGCGGGGACCGCAGCACCGCCGGACUACAACCAGAUCAAGAAUUGGAGGUCGAUAGUGACUCUCAUUGUCUUCGUGGCCACCAAUAUCAUCGUCCUCUUCCCUUUUCACAUUCCCAUUUAUGUCCCACGUCGACUUUACAAGGCCAUUCUGGGAACCUUGAGUUCCUUAAGGGUGAUCCCGCCUCAAAACCAUGACAACGACGAUCAUGUUGGCCUCUGCGAUGACUCUCGCCGUAAGAGGCGGUUUGUCCGCUUCAACUUCCCGCUGAAUCUCGUCACGGCCCCCUUAAUCGCGGACCUCUUCCUGCUCGCCAUUUUGGCCAUUGGCCGCCAGGAGGUGAAGGAGGGUACCUUGGGUACGAACCACAUAUCUCCGCUUGAUAUUAUGCUGUUUUUCAUCACCCUGGCCUACAUUGCCAUCUCUCUCGAUGCAUCCGGUAUUAUCCGCUUUCUUGCAUUCAAGGUACUACAAUGGGGAGGAGAAGUCGGCCAUCGCCUGUUCUUCUUCCUAUAUGUCUUCUUCUUCGUCAUCGCCUCGUUUGUGGGCAAUGACCCGGUCAUUCUUUCAGGCACUGCCUUUUUGGCUUACAUGUGGAGGGUCUCGAAUAAUAUCACCCAUCCCCGAGCAUGGAUUUACACUCAGUUUGCUGUCGCCAACAUCGCUUCGGCGAUUCUCGUCUCUUCCAAUCCUACCAACCUCGUUUUAGCCGGCGCGUUUCAGAUCAAGUUUGUCGAAUACACAGCAAACAUGAUCGUCCCUGUCAUCAUCACCGGAGUUUUACUCUUUCCAUUCCUCCUUUAUGUCAGAUUUGCCAAUCAGGAGCUUAUUCCCCAUAAAAUUACAAUGCACCAGCUGCCCCAAGAACUGCGAGAUCGAAAGCCAGUUAACCCCAAUAUUCCCAACGCCAAGGGGGUUGCUGAGCAGCAAGAGGACGAGACCGGUGAGCAAGAAAAGCUACUCUCUCUAGAGGAGAUCAUGAAUCCUUUCCUCGAUAAGCGUGGUGCCGCUUUCGGCGCCAUCAUCAUGGCUGUGACACUUAUUGCGGUUCUCGCUUUGAAUGCUGCGAAAACGAGCAUCGGUGAACAGCCUGUCUACUACAUCACCUUACCGGCAGCAACAGUCAUGUUUGUCUGGGAUCUUGCUUUUGGAUGGAUUAACCGCCACGAAACUCGGAGAAUUGCUCGUGAGGGCCGCAAGCAGCUGGAGCGUGCGCGCAUGGAGCGCCGGCAUCAGCAGAAGGAAGAAAAUCAGAACUUGAAUGCAAGCAAUCCAAGCCCCAACGAGCUUACCGCGGAGACUUCUUCAUCAGAGAACACCCAGAGUCCGGAUGCUGAAAAACAGUCCACAAAGCAGGAGCCUGCAACCCUUGUAUCCCUAGCACAUGACGCCUACGGCUGGUGCCAGGAGACUUUCCCUACCGCAAUGGCUGUGCUUGCACACCUGCCGUUCGCUCUCGUCCCUUUCGCUUUCUCCAUGUUUGUAUUGGUGCAAGCGCUGGUUACCAAAGGCUGGGUUCAGAUCUUUGCUCUCGGCUGGGAUAAGUGGGUGAGGAAGACGGGCACGAUUGGGGCAAUUUGGGGUAUGGGACUCGUCUCUGUGGUGCUGUGUAACUUCUCCGGCACCAACAUCGGCACGACGAUCCUUCUUUCCCGUGUCCUGCAAUCGUGGCUUGACAUCCAUCGCUACGACGGCACGCCCAUCUCGAAGCGUACUUUCUGGGCUACGAUUUACACCAUGGCGUUGGGCGUCAAUUACGGUGCGUUCUCUACAGCGCUCUCGGCAUCCUUAGCUGGCCUCUUGUGGAGCGACAUUCUUGAGAAGAAGCAUAUCCCGAUCAAGCGCCAGGACUUCGCGAUGGUUAAUUUUCCCAUCAUUGCCAUUGCCAUGGCUGUGGGAUGUCUGGUUCUCAUUGGUGAGGUUUACAUCACAAGGGAUACGACGCCGAUGGAGUUGUGA